AUGUAUUCUAUUACUACAGCUGUCGCCGCUAUCCUGGCCCUUACUCUUACCGCUAAAGCCCAAACUAUUAGCGGCCAAUUUACUCACUAUGAUAUCGGCCUUGUUGCCUGCGGCGAGACCCAUGACAACACCGAGAUGGUUGCUGCUAUAAGCAAGGACAGAUUUGGUCCUAGUACUACACUAUGCGGCCGCAAGCUCCGCAUCCAUUACGAGGACAAGUCUGCCGAGGUUACGAUUGUUGAUAGUUGCCAAGACUGCAGUUCCAGCUCUUUGGACUUGUCUCCCGCUGCUUUUACGGCACUUGUUGGCAGCCAUGAACCUGGCCGCGUUGAUGGUACCUGGGAGUUUAUUUAA